AUGCUUCGGGGCCCUAUAGCAAGCAACGACAAAGGAAGGGGUUUGCGAGUGCAAAUCCGAGCCCACCAGUUUGCCACUUCUGGGGUCCCUAAACCAGUGCCCAGGCUCAGAACCCAAACGACCGAAGUCGUCCAGGCUGAGCUGCACGGGGCUAAGCGCAAGGGAGGCAGGGCGCACGGAAGCGUGCGCUGCCUGGGCGACAGCUGCGCUCUGGCCAGCGUCUCCGUGCGCUCCCGGCUGCGCACCAGUUUGGCGCGAUCUGGCCGGGAUUCUCCGCUCGCGUCUUCAAACCGGGGUGGAAUUCGCUUUCCAAAUACAUUCUCUGAUGUUUUACUAUUUGUUCUGUCAGAUUUUUUCAGGAAGAUCUUCAUCUUGCAACUGGCAGGGCUGGUGCUAACUUACAACUUCACUGACUGUGACUUUGAGAAGAUUAAACAGAAAUAUCAGAAAACUAUUUAUAAUGACCUGAAGGAAUACAUGAAUGGGGCCAAAAGUACCCAGUUCAACAGCACUGUCUCCUGCAACAACAAGUCCGAUUGCCUCGCAGAAAUCGAGCGCUUGACCUUCAGUGCCCCCCGGGGCUGCGCGCCCCUCGCCAGGGAAGCCUUUGCCCUGCGGACUCGCGCUACCUUCGCCCUGCAGUGCCCGGGCUACUCCAGGACGCAGACAAAUAACACCCAGGCAGCGAAGAAAACAAAGGAAAGAGAAAUCACAACAAAGAAAUGCCUGGAACAAGUCUCGCAAUUACUAGGAUUGUGGGGUCGUUUUUGUCGAACUCUUUGGAAACGAAGUAAACGAUCUUUAUUACAGUCAUAUCUCUCAGCAUGAAAGUAAAUCAUCUUUGUUAAGCAGAUGGAACAUUAACUCUAACUGUGACAUUUAAAACACCACCAAUGGUUGUGUCUUUAACUACAGAAGCGUUUCUUAACUUAUUUUUGUAAGCUUUUAUUUUUUAAUGUAAGUUUAUAAUGCAGGAGAAGUACUACCCCUCAAAUAUUGGGGAAACUUCUAUAACAUUGAUGAAUGUUACAUUGUAUGAUGAAUGAAUGUAACAUUGAUGGCUACCAGUGGUAAUUCUCAGCUGGAAUUGUAUAAACAUUACUCCAGGGAAAAAUCUAAAAGUGUAGUCGAAGGAGAGCUUUCUCCCUUGAAGAAGAAAAAAAUGCUGAACUCAAUGAUAGCAUCUAAAACUCUGUUUAAAAGGCAGGCAUUUCUUCUACAUGUAGUGACAUUUGUUCUGUCAUACUAAAAAGCUACAAAAAAAGAAAAUAAAAGCAAAGGAGGGUACAGAAAUGUUAUAAAUAUAAUGAAGCAAUUUGAAAUAAUUUUCAAGCAAGACAUUGUGAAAGUAUUUUAAGGCAAGUAUUUUAAGACAAGUGGUAUAUGCAAGUAGAUCCUGAAGAAGUACCUUUGUUAUAGCUACAAUAUAUAUUUUUUUACAUUUAUAAAAUGUAUUUUUAAUUUAUUUUGUGAGCACUUUUGAAAAUGUACAUGUUCCUUUGUC